AUGGCUACCAAAGCUGCUACUAGACGACUUACAAAAGAGUAUGCUGCAUUUCAGAAGAAUCCACCGCCGUACCUACUGGCAAAGCCUUUGGAAAAUAAUAUUUUAGAAUGGCAUUAUGUGAUCCGUGGCCCACCCGACACGCCUUAUCAUAAUGGAGAAUUUCACGGCAAGUGCAAUGCCACUAAACAUAAUCUCCUAAACACAAUUCAUUAUCACGUUUUAACCGAUUUUCUUUUCUUUUUUUAUGCAGGAGUUAUUGUUUUCCCAUCAGAGUAUCCGUUCAAGCCACCUUCCAUUCGAAUGACGACUCCAUCUGGAAGAUUUCUCCCAGAAGCAAGGUUAUGUCUGUCAAUGUCUGAUUUCCAUCCAAGUUCCUGGAAUCCUGGUUGGAGCGUUGCCACGAUAUUAAAUGGGUUGCUUAGUUUUAUGUGCAGUGACGAGGCCACCACAGGCAGUAUCAAGACCACCGAUGCAGAUAAAAUAAUAUAUGCUUCACGAUCACAUCAACACAAUCUAACCAAUAAAAUGUUCAAAGAGGUUUUUCCUGAACUUUGCAUACCGGAAGCAAUAUCAGUAGAAGUUCUCUACCCUCUUCAUCCUUCCUCUUCUUCGUCUUCAGCAAAGUCUCCCCCAUCAUCCAAAACGACCAAACAGGCUCUCACACAACAUCAACUGCACAGUCGGCAGAACAACAUCAGACAGUUGCAAUCAUCUGACGCAUCAUGGAAUGGUAAUAUUGGUGUGAAUAGGCAUGCAAAUGGCCAGAAUAUUCGGAAUGUCCAAGUUGUUGGCAAUAAUAACCGGAACAAUCCAAUGCAACGACGUCUUGCUGAUCAAUGGCAUAGAUGGUUGAUGGUAUUCUUGGUCUUUCUGUAUCUGGUCGUUGUUAAAUUGUUGUCGAGGAGCUCAGAAGUCAUGGAUGCCGAAUCGCGUAGUGGAGCUGGGAGGAUGUGA